AUGCAAAGAGUGCAGGUGUUAGUCCCCUCCAUGCCUCCUGCUCCCUCAUCCCUGCCUCUCCCACCUCGCCCUCCUCCUCUCCCUCAUUGCAGUUCCCACAAUAUCAGUAUUACUCACAUCCUCACACCCGCCUCACACUCUCCUACUGAUUGGGUGCCAUUCCGUGUGAACAGGUCAUAUCCCGCGCCCCUCCACUGCCCUCCAAGCCUCCCACACUCCCCUUCUACCCAUACAAAUGGACGGAGUAGUAAAGUGGCUUCCCCUCUACGCACUCCUUCUCCACCACGCUCACUUCAUCACCACACUCACUUCAUCACCACACUCACUUCAUCUACCACACUCACUUCAUCACCACACUCACUUCAUCACCACACUCACUUCAUCACCACGCAUCACUACCACACUCACUUCAUCACCACACUCACUUCAUCACCACACAUCACUACCACACUCACUUCAUCACCACAAUCACUUCAUCACCACACUCACUUCAUCACCACCCUCACUUCAUCAGCACCCUCACUUCAUCACCACACUCACUUCAUCACCACCCUCACUUCAUCACCACACUCACUUCAUCACCACACUCACUUCAUCACCACACAUCACUACCACACUCACUUCAUCACCACACAUCACUACCACACUCACUUCAUCAUCACCCUCACUUCAUCACCACCCUCACUUCAUCAGCACCCUCACUUCAUCACCACACUCACUUCAUCUACCACACUCACUUCAUCUACCACACUCACUUCCCUACCACACAUCACACUAGCCACCAUCACACAACCACUUCUCUUCCCUAACCUAACUUAA